CAUCAAUGACAUUGAUGGUGCAGUUCUCUAAGACCGGUUCCACUGCAGUGCACUGGUUUGUUCUAUAAACUUCAUAAACUGUACGUGGAGCUAAAACAUCUAAAUUCGAAUUUGAUAUAAAACAAUAUCAAAGCAAAGUUGCUUCAUCAUUACGUUCCAAAAUAAAUGAGACAUUUCUCCAGUUGAUCAAAAAUGUCCAGUAGUCGAAGUCGUGUUCUGGAUCUCUACAAGCGGCUGCAAUACCUGGGCCGUGACUAUCCCGGUGGGCCGGAAAAGUUUCGCCAGAAGUGCUACAAUGCGUUCAAGCGGCAGAGCGCCGAACGCGACCCGGAGAAGAUCGAAAAAGCCAUCAAUCUGGGCGAGUACGUGAUCAAGGAGAUCGAGGCGCUGUACAGUUUGCGCAAGUACCGGGCCAUGAAGAAGCGGUACUACGAUGAGAAUUGAGAUUAAGGCGAGACUAAUGGAGCGGGUAAGAUUGUAUCACAGCAGUGCAGGGAUUGAAGACAUUACUUUUUUAACCAAAUGGUGCCCUUAAGUAGAUUGGAAUCCAAUGUAGAGUAAAUCGAUUAGUAAAUUGUGACUGAAGUUUUCGUGUUAGAAUAAGAUAUAAGAAUAAAUAAAGUAUCUACAAACAUUUUAAAAUUUA